CGUCCGAUACACACAUGAAGGAGAAGAGAAAGGCACAAGCACUCAUUAAGUACUUUCUAAUGCCGGGUGCUGGGCAAGCAUCUCACAACUGUUACCUCAUAUGAAGGGGGGGGGAGGGGAGGUGCUAGCAUUAUUAUUAUUUCCCAGUUGAGGAGCCUGAGGCUGUCGCCGGUGAGUGACUGGCCCAGGGUCACACGACUAUCAGGUCAGGCCCUUCUGACUCGGCCCCUGCGGCCACGUGGCCGUGCUCCAAACCAAACCAGAUGCGAGGCCCUCAGUGUCUCCGGGACAAGCUAAGGCCUCUGUUCCACGGCCCUGCGUGGGGCUGUGGCUCCCAGCGAGCUCCGGAGCCUUCAUACACCAAGGGCCGCAGUGUCCUGCAGAGGUGUCUGACCAAUGCUGACGGAGAGCCCCUCACAUGCAGAGGGACAGGCCCUGCGCAGACCAAGGCUGUGAAGCCAGCCUCUGGCCCUGCUAGAACACAGGGCAUGCAGGGUGCCCCAAAACUGCCCAAGGGGGUCCUGCUGGCCCUGGGCUUGCUCCUGACUAUCCUGCUCUACCUGGGACUGCCUAGUCUCCCCCAGCCCCUCAUCUGGACCCGGGACAGAGACAAUGUCACCAUCCUGGCUGGUGUCACACACAGCAACUCCUCGCUUUUCUACAGGGAGGUGCAGCCGCUUCGCAGGCCACACAGGAUCGAGGUGGUGUUACUACAUGGGAAGGCCUUCACUUCACACAUCUGGCAGCAGCUGGGGACACUGGAGAUAUUGUCCCGAAGGGGCUACCGGGCCAUUGCGCUAGAUCUCCCUGGCUUUGGGAACUCGUUCCCCUUACCUGCAGCCCGCACAGAGGCUGGACGGGCAGAUCUCCUGCAUCGAGUCCUGCAGGACCUGAAGGUAAAAAACCUGGUGCUGGUCAGUCCCUCGUUGAGCGGCCUUUACUCUCUGCCCUUCCUGAUGCGAGCUCACCAGCAGCUGUGUGGAUUUGUCCCCAUUGCUCCCACCUUCACUGAGAAUUACACAUACAAGCAGUUCUCAGCCAUCAAGACACCUACACUUAUUGUAUAUGGAGCUCUAGACAAAGGCCUGGCCCAGGAGUCUCUGCACAAGCUGCAGUACCUCCCCAACCACUCGACGGUGAGGUUGCAGGACGCUGGCCACGCUUGUUACCUCCACCAGCCCCAUGACUUCCAUGAUGCCCUGCUCACCUUCCUGGACAAGCUGUCAUGAAGUCUGCGUCUCUGACCACUGGCCUUUCUCUGGGUGGAGCAGGAUGGGCCCCGGAUGCCAAGAGACUGGGGGAGGGUUGAGAGGACCUUUGCAAGACAAUGCCUUCCUGCUCCCCGGUACCACAGAGGGAGAUGAGGCAGGUGCGGCUGGGAUCGCAUGGUUGCCCUCUUGGGGCCUUGCCAACCCCCACUCACUUGGACUUUAAUAAAUGAACUUUGUCUGCU